AACAACAAAACACAAAGUUCUUUUCUUCUAAAAGGUGGGAAAAAUAUGGAGAAAAUGCUUACAAGAACCAACAAAAUAUUGUUCCUUUCUUUUCUUUUCCUCACAAAUGCAUUCAUUGCAACAUGUCAUGAAGUUGAUGAUGAAAGUGAGUUUAGUUAUGAUAGAGAAAGUGAGAAUGGACCAGCACAUUGGGGUGAAAUUCAUCCAGAAUGGAAGAUGUGUAAUUAUGGAAAAUUGCAAUCUCCAAUUGAUCUUUUGAAUGAGAGAGUUGAAAUUAUUUCUCAUUUGGGAAGACUUCAUAGAAGCUACAAAGUAUCAUCCUAUGCUACUCUCUUAAAUAGAGGACAUGAUAUGAUGUUAAGAUGGGAAGGUGGAGCUGGACAUAUUGAAAUAAAUGGAACUAAAUAUCAACUCAAUCAAGCUCAUUGGCAUUCACCAUCCGAACAUACCAUCAAUGGAAGAAGAUUUGAUUUGGAGGUUCAUUUGGUACAUGAAAGUGAGGAUGGAAAGACUGCAGUUGUUGGAAUAAUGUACAAGAUUGGAAGAGCUGAUUCUUUCUUGUCUAUGAUUGAGAGUGACUUGAAAGCACUAGCACAUACAAAAAAUGUGGAGAGAAAGAUAGGAAUAAUUGAUCCAAAAAAGGUGAAGUUGGGUAGCAGAAAAUAUUAUCGAUACAUUGGCUCCUUGACUGUUCCUCCUUGCACACAAGAUGUGGUCUGGACUAUUGUAAGAAAGGUGAGGACUGUUACAAGAGAACAAAUGAAGCUAAUACGUGAGGCCGUUCAUGAUGAAUCUGAAACAAAUUCAAGACCAGUCCAAGCAACAAACAAACGACCGAUCCGACUAUAUAGACCAAAUGAUCCUAAAGAAUAAUCGAAUAUUCUACAAUAUAAUCUCGAAAAUAAAAUAUAUUUCUAUAGUUCUAAUUAUAAUAAUCAUGAUGAUUUUGUUUAUAGUACCAAAAUAUGAGCUCAAUAUAUGAGCUAGAAAUGGCC